UUGUAUUCUUAAACCCAUUCACUGUCAACCUAGGAGGAAAAGAAAAGCCAAGGACCAUUGACAUUUGACCUAUAGAACUGGUCAAUGCCAAGGACUCUCUACAACAGGACGUUAUAAAAGGUGUCUCAUUCAGCACAGUAUGCUAGCUCGUUCUGCGGUGUCACUUCUGCGGUCGGCUAGUUCGGCCGCCUGCCGCCACGCGGCGCCACUGAGCACCUCGGCGCCGCGGUGUGAGAUUCGUAAGCUGGCCCGUCUGCGGGUGGUGGACAACAGUCAGAUCGGGAAGGAGGCGAUGGCUGAGGGCCGACCGCCGCGCGUCAUCCACGUCUACAACAAACGAGCCGUGGCCACCGUCGGUGACAAGGUCCUGAUGGCGAUCCGCGGUCAGAAGCGGAAGGGGCUCCUGGUGGGCUGCGUCAAGACCCAGCACCCCAUGUCGAUGAUACCCAAGUUCGACACCAAUAAUGUGGUACUCAUUGACGACGCCGGCACUCCGCUGGGCACGAGGAUCCACGUGCCCAUUCCGAAUGUGAUUCGGGAGAGGUUGCAGCGAAUGAGUCACAAGAAGUCGGGAGAUUUCACCAAGAUCCUCUCGCUUGCGACACGGUUUGUCUAGCGGUGCUGGGAAGGGUAGGAACGGGGUGGGAUG